UCGUCAUGGCGGACGCGGCUUUGGACGCCGUGCGAAGAGAGUUACGGGAGUUCCCGGCUGCGGCAAGGGAGCUCAGCGUGCCUCUUGCUGUGCCCUACCUGGACAAGCCCCCGGGUCCACUCCACUUCUACCGCGACUGGGUCUGCCCCAACAGGCCCUGCAUCAUCCGAAAUGCCCUGCAGCACUGGCCGGCCCUCCAGAAGUGGUCCCUCCCCUACCUCAGAGCCACAGCGGGCUCCGCGGAGGUGAGUGUGGCGGUGACCCCAGAUGGUUAUGCGGAUGCCGUGCGAGGGGACCGCUUUGUGAUGCCUGCCGAGCGCCGCCUGCCCCUGAGCUGUGUGCUGGACGUGCUGGAGGGCCGAGCCCAACACCCCGGGGUCCUCUACGUGCAGAAGCAGUGCUCCAACCUGCUCACCGAGCUGCCCCAGCUGUUGCCUGAUCUGGAGCCCCACGUGCCCUGGGCCUCUGAGGCGCUGGGAAAGAUGCCUGAUGCUGUGAACUUCUGGCUGGGGGAGGCAGCUGCAGUGACAUCGUUGCAUAAGGACCACUAUGAGAACCUCUACUGUGUGGUCUCGGGAGAGAAACACUUCCUGCUGCAUCCACCCAGCGACCGGCCCUUCAUCCCCUAUGAGCUGUACACACCGGCAACCUACCAGCUAACCGAAGAGGGCUCAUUCAAGAUGGUGGAUGAAGAGGCCAUGGAGAAGGUGCCUUGGAUCCCACUGGACCCCUUGGCUCCAGAUCUGGCCCAGUACCCCAGUUACAGUCAGGCCCAGGCUCUUCACUGCACAGUGCAGACUGGCGAGAUGCUCUACCUGCCCGCCCUGUGGUUCCACCACGUCCAGCAGUCCCAUGGCUGCAUGGCCGUGAAUUUCUGGUACGACAUGGAGUAUGACCUCAAGUACAGUUACUUCCAGCUGCUCGACUCCCUCACUAAGGCCUCAGGCCUCAACUGACCGAGCCCUGGUGAACAUCACCAAGGACAACUCAUGGAAAAGGCCAUGCCCCUCCUGAGCCAGUCACCUCGAGAGGCAACCUGGAGUCAGAGGUGCUGGCUGCUGGCCCAGCUGGGCUUAGGGUCAGCUUCAGAGGAUCGGGAGGACCAGGAGGUGCCAGGCAGGUCUGGGUGUGGGCUCCCAGGAAGCUGGCGCACAGGUGAGGCAGCAGCCUGUUCUGGAAGAGGAGUGAGGUUCAGGUGUGGCACCGCCUCUCACCGGCGCCGUGACCUUGGGCGAGUUACUGCCUCACAGCAUCAGUGUGCUGUCUGUAAAACAGAGAUAACGAUGGUUCCUACCUCAUGGCGUGUUGGGGACGGUAUCUGUAAGGAUGGCACCGGCCUGGAACGGAGGAAGUGUUCAAUAAAAGGCGGCUAUGAUUUA